AUGGUAAAGAAAAAUUAUUGCAAAAGCGUGGAUGAUUCAUGGCCACAGCCUUAUACCACCUUUUCAAACUGCGGGUACGUAUCAUCUUUGAAAUUGUCCAUUGUCCAAUCAUCUCGUCUUUGGACUCGGAUCAUCGCCAUCGUCGCCCACAACGGAAAAACAGUAACAUCUAAGCAUUUACAUUUACAGAAGUUUGCUUCCUUGACCAGCAUGAGCCAACAUGUAGCGGUCUUCGCUUUCCCGUUCGCCACCCACGCCGCGCCUCUGCUCAGUCUGGUAAGGAGGCUGGCAAGGGCCGUGCCGAGCGCGAGAUUUUCAUUUUUCAACACAGCGAAGUCCAAUGGGUUGAUCUUCUCGGGGCCUAAAGACGAUGUGGAUGACAACAUCAAGGCGUAUAACGUUGCGGACGGCAUGCCGGAGGGGCAUGUGCUGUCGGGGAAUCCCCAGGAGGGUAUUGAGUUGUUCUUGAAGGCGACGCCGGGGAACUUUAGGGAGGUAGUGGAGGUGGCGGAGGGGGAGACUGGGAUGAGGAUUAGCUGCUUGUUGACGGAUGCGUUUCUGUGGUUUGCGGGGGAGAUGGCGGAGGAUAAGUGCAUUCCGUGGGUGCCACUUUGGACGUCUGGGCCUGUGUCUCUUGCUGUUCAUGUUUACACUGAUGAUAUCCGCAAAAUGGUAUUAGGAGCAAAUGGUAUUGAAGGGCAUGAAGUCCAAACCCUGGACUUCAUUCCAGGAUUGUCAUCAAUUCAUGCUGUAGACUUACCAGAAGAAAUAGUUUCUGGGAACUUAGAUUCGCCCUUUUCGCAGAUGCUACACAAAAUGGGGCUCACUCUGCCACGGGCAGCUGCUGUUGUCAUAAACUCCUUUGAAGAGAUGGAGCCAACUGUCGUGAACGAUCUCAAGUCGAAGUUCAAAAAGUUUGUCAAUGUUGGUCCUUUCACCCUAUCAUCGCCACCGCCACUGGCUCCUGACUCCAACAGCUGCCUGUUAUGGUUGGACAAGCAGAAAGCAGCAUCAGUAGCAUAUAUUAGCUUCGGAACCAUAAUCACGCCACCGCCCCAUGAGCUAGUAGCACUGGCAGAAGCCUUGGAAUCGACUGGGGUACCAUUUCUUUGGUCUCUUAGGGACAAUUCAAAGGACAAUUUACCAAAAGGGUUUCUAGAGAGGACAAGCCAAAAUGGAAAAGUGGUACCAUGGGCUCCCCAGUUGCAGGUCUUGGGACAUGCCUCAGUUGGAGUGUUUGUAACGCACUGCGGUUGGAACUCAGUGACAGAGAGCAUCGUAUGUGGAGUGCCUAUGAUCUGCAGACCAUUUUUUGGAGAUCAAAAUCUGAACAGGCGAAUGGUACAGGACGUAUGGGGGAUUGGCGUGGGAGUUAAGGGUGGGGUCUUCACAAAAAGUGGAUUAACGAGAGACUUGGAACUUAUUUUGGCGCAUGAAGGGAAGAAAAUGAGAGAGAAGAUUGGAGUCCUAAAAGAGCUCGCUACAGGGGCUGUUGAAUCAAAUGGAAGCUCAACUAAAAAUUUCAGUACUUUAUUAGAGGUAGUCUCACAUGUAGCUGCCAACUAGUGGCUCAAUUAUUGGUGUCAAGUUCAAGUAGAAGUAGGGAUAAUGUAAUAUAUAUAAAUAAAUAUAUGGACUUUGAUCUUCUAAUUUGUAUAAAAAA